AUGGAGAACCAAAACACGAAUGAAAGUGAACGAUUGCACGCUCAUGUUUCCAGAAGCCUUGGAAGUUCCUGGAUGAUCUUACUGUAUCUGGAUACUAACGCCUUACAUCUUGCAUCUGCUUCAUUUCAAUUUUCACGAAAGAGAUAUUUGGCACUUAUUCCAUUACCUUCCCCUCUUCCCCUUCCAUGCACACUCCCAGUAGUUCUCAUCGCUCAAACACCACCAAAACUGAUUCAUCCAGACAACAGUCAACGAUGUCGGUGA